AUGUUCAUCAUUACCAUUCUUCAAGCGAUCCUUUUGGUAGCCCAUGCCGUUGCAGCACAAAACUCGACUUUCUCCAACCCUAUCCUAUCGGGCUUUCAUCCAGACCCUAGCUGUGUGUUUGUCGAAGAGCUGGACAAUACCUUUUUCUGUGUGACGUCGACUUUUCUAGCGUUCCCCGGCGUUCCUGUCUACGCCAGCAGAGAUCUGAAGAACUGGAAAUUAAUCAGCCAUGUCUUUAAUCGUCCUUCGCAAUACCCGGGCCUGGGAACAAAAAGAACUUUCAUAAAUCUCGUGUUCAGCUCGACGGACCUCUUUGACGACGAUGCCUGGAGUGAUCCUGUUGAAAUUGACAUGCAUGGAAUAAAUGCGAUUGACCCCGAUCUGUUCUGGGACGACGAUGGUCAAGUCUACAUGCUCACCGGAUGGGGGAAAAUAUACCAAUCUGCCGUGGACCUUGAAACCGGUGGCUCGUCGAAACCAGUGAACGUCUGGAACGGCACCGGUGCUGAAAGUCCGGAAGGACCGCACAUGUAUAAGAAGAAUGGAUAUUAUUAUCUCCUCAUUGCUCAAGGAGGCACUGGUAUCAAUCACAGUGUGGCAAUAGCAAGAUCGGCGCACGUUUCUGGACCGUUUGAAGGGUUCUCUGGGAAUCCGCUCCUGACGGCCAAGAACACCGAGAACUUCUUCCAAUGCGUCGGCCAUGCGGAUUUAUUUCAAGACGCCAACAAGAAGUGGUGGGGAGUGGCUUUGGCAACACGUUCAGGACCGGAUCAUCGGUUCUAUCCAAUGGGCCGGGAAACGGUGUUAUACCCCGUUACAUGGGAUGAUGAAUGGCCGGUCUUGGACCCUGUCUACGGACACAUGGAAGGCUGGGAAAAGCCAGGAAGAAUCCAGCAGUCAUCGAGCAGCCAUAAAUCCACUCCAGACGUGGAUUCUGUGGACUUCGAACCAGGAUCAUCCAUUCCUCGACACUGGAAGUUUUGGCGCUUCCCUGAUCCAUCGUCAUACACUAUAUCUCCACCCAAACAUCCCAAUUCCCUUGAGCUCUCACCCUCCAAGUCAAAUCUCACUGGUAUUCUGACAGAGGCUCACCCUAUCAAUUGUAUCUCCAGACGCCAAACGGCCAGUCUAUUCAAUUUCAGCGUGGACAUUGAUUUCUCACCCACAGAAGCCGGAGAAGAAGCCGGGGUGUCCGUUUUCAUCACCCAGCUCCAGCAUAUUGACCUGAGCAUUCAACUAGCCAGUAAUGGAAGCCAAGUCCUGCGUCUCCAGACCACGGCGUACGGCAAACCGGAUGCAGAGCCUCCCAAGUCGAACACGUUAACUAUGCCACGGUCGUGGAUUGGAGAAAUCUUGCGCAUGUAUAUUGAGGCGAAGGAGCCAACAGCCUAUUCAUUUUCCGCUGCGCGUGCCAGUGAACCAUUGGAUGUGAGAUAUUUAGGCAAUGUCAGUGCGGAAUAUGUGACUGGUGGUAGUGGGAGCUAUACCGGCACUCUACUUUCUGCAUAUAACACAAAUAACAACAGAACCGGUAAAGCAAAGGCCUGGAUUAGUCGUUGGAGAUAUUUACCACUAGCCCAGGAAGUUGAAAGAGGUGUCUUUGAGCCCGUUAAUACCAAUUGA